GGGUUGUUUAGAUUUUGGGUGCGACUCCAGUUCGUGGAUUCUCGCUCGUCUCUCCUGGAGGAGGGAAAGCGAAAUUCCUGAUUUUUACCAGUUCGAUGUUCGGCGGUCAACUCGUCCUCCAAUUCUGACCUUUUACAAAUCAAUUUUUCUCCCCUUCCAGUCUCUACCAACGCAACGAGACGCAACUUUUCUACCUUCGAAGAUUCCAAUUGUCUCGAGACAUUUUCAUUUUUGGAUUUGCAGAUCGAUUAACUGAUUGAUCGGCGAAGAGUUUCAGAUCAAAGCUUCAAUCAUGUCAAUGUCGGAUUCUGAUACGUCCUCUCAUGGAGAGUACAAGAACUUCAAGCAAAUUAGCCGCGAUAGAUUAUUACAUGAAAUGCUUCGGUCGGCCAAGACAGGAGACUCAAAAUCAACUUGGAAGGUAUUGAUCAUGGACAAAGUUACUGUCAAGAUCAUGUCUUAUGCUUGCAAGAUGGCUGACAUCACAGAGGAAGGAAUAUCAUUGGUGGAAGACAUUUACAGACGAAGGCAACCACUGCCCUCCAUGGACGCUAUUUACUUCAUCCAGCCAACAAAGGAGAAUGUUGUCAUGUUCUUGUCUGACAUGUCAGGACCAUCGCCUUUGUACAAGAAGGCAUUUGUUUUCUUCAGUUCGCCUACUCCACGAGAAUUAGUUACAUGCAUAAAAGAUGAUACUAUUGUUUUACCUCGCAUAGGUGCAUUGAGAGAGUUCAAUUUGGAGUAUUUUGCGAUAGACAGCCAGGGAUUUAUCACUGAUAAUGAGAGGGCAUUAGAGGAACUUUUUGGGGAAAAUGUGGGGAAUUCUCGCAUAUAUAAUGAUUGCUUGAAGACAAUGGCCACUCGCAUUGCUACAGUGUUUGCCUCAUUGAGGGAGCUUCCAUUUGUUCGAUACCGUGCUGCCAAGUCCCUUGAUGCAUCCAUAGAAACAACAUUUCAUGAUUUAGUUCCUACGAAACUUGCCGCUUCUGUUUGGAAUUGCCUUAGUAGACACAAAACUACUAUUCCCAACUUCCCCCAGACAGAAACAUGUGAAUUGCUUAUCCUUGACAGAUCUGUGGAUCAGAUUGCACCUGUCAUACAUGAAUGGACAUAUGAUGCCAUGUGCCAUGAUUUGCUUUCUAUGGAUGGAAAUAAAUAUGUGCAUGAGGUUCCAAGCAAAACAGGUGGUCCCCCAGAGAAAAAGGAGGUUCUUUUGGAGGAUCAUGACCCUAUCUGGCUUGAGCUACGCCAUGCACAUAUAGCAGAUGCUAGUGAGAGAUUACAUGAGAAGAUGACAAGCUUUAUAGCAAAGAAUAAAGCUGCACAAAUCAAACAUGGAUCAAGGGAUGGUGGUGAACUGUCAACACGAGACUUGCAAAAAAUGGUUCAGGCUUUGCCACAAUAUAGUGAACAAAUUGACAAGCUUUCCCUGCAUGUGGAGAUUGCUGGGAAGAUCAACAGAACUAUCAGGGAGCUGGGGCUUCGGGAACUUGGGCAACUGGAGCAGGACCUAGUCUUUGGAGAUGCAGGAACAAAGGACAUAAUCAAUUUUCUAAGGACAAAGCAGGACGCUACCCGAGAAAAUAAGUUGCGGUUAAUGAUGAUAUAUGCAUCCAUUUAUCCUGAGAAAUUUGAGGGCGACAAGGGUUUAAAGCUGAUGCAGUUAGCAAAAUUAUCGUUUGAUGAUAUGAAUGCUGUUAAUAAUAUGAGAUUGCUUGAGGGACUAUCAGAUGCCAAAAAGACCUCAACAGGGGGGUUCUCUCUCAAGUUUGACAUUCAAAAGAAGAAUCAUGCAGUUAGAAAGGACCGUUCUGGAGAGGAAGAAACAUGGCAACUAUCAAGGUUUUACCCUAUGAUAGAGGAGCUGAUUGAAAAACUUAGCAAAGGUGAGCUAUCAAAGAAUGACUACCCAUGUACGAAUGAUUCAAGCCCCACUGUCCAUGGGACCACACAAAUGUCAUUGGUACGGACAAGUCAAGGUCCACCUGCCCAUUCAAUGAGAUCAAGGAGGACUGCUACAUGGGCCCGUCCCCGCAAUUCCGAUGAUGGGUAUUCAAGUGACUCGUUACUGAGGCAUGCAUCUAGUGAUUUCAAGAAGAUGGGCCAGCGUAUCUUUGUAUUUAUUGUGGGUGGAGCUACCAGAUCAGAGCUACGUGUUUGCCACAAGCUCACAGCAAAGUUGAAGAGAGAGGUUAUCUUAGGAUCUUCAAGUCUUGAUGAUCCUCCACAAUUUAUCACGAAAGUGAAGAUGCUGACAGCAGGACUUUCAUUAGAUGAUCUUCAAAUUUAAAUUUGCGGAUGCAUUGGAUUGCUUGGGGCACACUUUUUCUUGAUGACAUCAGGCUGGCUUUCUCAUCUGUAACCUUUAGUCCACAUAGCUUCUUUCCAUAUCCCUUCCCCAUCAUUUUCUAUCUUUUUGUUUUCUUGGACCAUUUUUCAGUCAUCAAUGAAAAAAUGUGUUAAGAGAAAGUUUGUAGUUGGAAGAUAGCUUUGCUGGAAGUACAUGGUAGGAGCUAGAACCAAGACUUCCAUUUUAGCUGUUUUCUGAAUGUUGUACACACCCUGUGUUGGCGUUGUAAUUGAUAACCCUGAAAGCCACUGAACAAUUCUUAUUGUAUAUAAAUAUUUUGUAAUAUGAUGUACAUGCAUCAGCAAAACUGGGAAGAGGAGCGUUUUGUGAAUUCUGUGGCUUGAUAUUUUCCGGGCAGGUAAGUUCGUUACAACUGGGGCAUUGGUCACUUGGAGGGAUGUUAUAGGCUUAUAACCAAUCCAGAUCAUCAAUGUCAUUGGGAUCACUGAAUUGGCCAUAUGGACAGCGUCCUCAGACGGUGAGGAAUAUACACCUGGCUGUGUUCAAUUUUUCCAGUGAAUAUCAGAUAUUAGUUUGUUACAUAUGUAUUUGUUUAAAAAUAUGGUGGGAGGGAGCCUCCUUUCUUUGGUUUAUGCCAUGCCCUUAACCUCUUUCAGUUGAUGACAUCCAAGGUUGAAAGAUA